AUGGCGACCCCAUCACGACCAGUGCCGGCAGCUACCAAUGGCAUUCAUAGCCCAGAAUAUGCACGGCAACAUACUCGGCCACAGAACACGUUCCGCGGCUGCUCAAGAAUCACAGAUUAUGAGGUUAUGGGGAAAAUUGGAGAGGGUACAUUUGGGGAAGUACACAAAGCCAAGUCUAGAAAGACAGGUAUGGUUGUUGCUCUAAAAAAGAUCCUGAUGAUCAACGAGAAGGAUGGGUUUCCAAUUACAGCCCUUCGCGAGAUCAAGACUCUCAAAGCUCUUUUGCACCCAAAUGUCUUGAAUUUGGAGGAGAUGGCCGUCGAGCACCCGCAAAAAAAUACCGAUAAGAAGAAGAAAGCUAUUAUGUACAUGGUCACUCCAUAUUUCGACCAUGACUUAUCAGGUCUUCUGAAGAACCCGAACAUCCACUUUACGGAACCGCAAAUUAAGUGUUAUAUGCUGCAAUUGCUUGAGGGUAUGCGGUACAUUCACGAUCACAACAUCCUUCACCGGGACAUCAAAGCCGCAAACAUUUUGAUCAACAACAAAGGCAUACUUCAAAUUGCAGAUUUUGGCCUGGCGCGACACUAUAACGAGCCUGUACCAGUUGCAGGGAAGGGUAAUGGAGAAGCAAAGGCGCAUUAUACUGUUGUAGUUGUUACAAGAUGGUACCGUCCUCCAGAGCUGUUUUUAGAACUGCAAAACUACACUCCAGCGAUCGAUAUUUGGGGAGUCGGUUGUGUUUUUGGCGAGAUGUUCCUCGGAAAGCCAAUCCUUCAAGGCGAGAGCGAGGAGCAGCAGCUUAAGCUUAUUUUCGAUUUGUGUGGCACUCCCAAUGAGGAAAACAUGCCAGGGUGGAGGUCACUCCCCAAAGCUCAAGGUCUGAAUUUUAGCCCACCGCGCCCUUCGACACUAGCUCAGAGAUUCAGAGAACAAGGCUCUGGUGCUAUCUCUUUAUUGCAGGAACUGCUGAAACUCGAUUGGAGGAAGCGUACCAACGCAAUCGAUGCGUUAAAGCAUCCAUACUUCCGAAACACGCCUUUACCUAUGAAACCACACGAGAUCCCAAUUCUGGAAUCAUCACAUGAGUUUGAUUCAAAGCAGCACCGGGGACAAAAACAGGCCCCACCACCUCCCAAAGGAGGCGAUGUGGGCAUGGGGCCAGACCAAUGGGAGCGGAACGGGAGUGGACCAGGAUAUGAUAAUUACGUCAGUCAUCGGGGUCACCAAAACGGUCGCUACCCUCCCCCUCCUCCUCACGGUGGCUACAGAAACAGUGGUCCACCACCUCCACAAUACGAUGACCGCAAACCAGCGUGGAGACGAGAUGAUCGAGGUUUACCACCGCGACCACCACCUACAGAUUUCGCUUAUGAUGGUGGAAGAUCAGACCAACAUGGUCACCGAUCCAGAUCCCAAGAUUUAGAUGGUCGCGGCCAUCGCGAUCGUGAUCACGCGCCCCUUCCUCGGAGUAGAGCAGGAGGUGGUGGGAAUAUCGACACAUACAUUCCAAGUUAUAACAUGAACCGGCGACCAAGAGACGACCGCCCACCAGGGGCCGACCGUUUACCACGAGAUGACCGCCGAGACGACCGACCAAGACACAGUAAUGGAGCCAGGCACGAAUACGACAGUCGAGGUUCCCGUGAUAGCCGAAGUCGUACCCGCAGCCCCAUUAAUGAUCGUGGGAGGGAUCGAUAUAGAGAACGCGAACCUAUAGGAGAUCCUUAUUCCCAUCGUCGUUGA